UGUUUUAGUUUAUUAUGAUUCGCGUAGUUAUGGUAAAAAAAAAACCCUAUAUCACCCCCCAAUGACCGCAACCCCCGCCCCGUUGUCUAAGCAUGUGACACCACCUAAGGCACUUAAAGUUCAUCCCACGAUUUCACGGCUCGGCAAAACAAAACUUGCAGCCGAUCCCGUCCUGCAAGUAACGGGACCAUAUGAAAAUCCCCCCAUAAAGAGUUGCCGGGUGGUAGGUUCACACAAUCACUAAGGUGUGUUUUAUAACAAGUUUUUGCCGUGAUUGGAUUGAUAGGAUAAGAGUGAAUGCCAUUAUCAGGUUUAUUUAUCCCU